AUGUUUGACUCCCACAAACCUCAUCCUCUGCUGGCUCAGGUCCCCUUGACAGUCUCGCCCUUCUUGUCCUUACCGACAGUUGUGACUCUUCCGUACACUUUUCGAUCCGUGCCGACGUCGCUUCCCCCUUCAAUCGUAUCUGAGAAUGGCCCGGGAAAGCCCAAGUAUGUCACUUCCUCCUCAGGUCAUUCUGCCCACCCAGACGAUAUCAUAAAUUCGUGCAAAGCCCUCCAAGAGCACCUCAAGAAGACCAUAAGGGAUGCAGAGAAGGCCAUUGAAGACUGGGAGCAAGAUAUCAAGGACCGAGAUCUGGCGGAGAAGCGACGGGUUGCACCUGGUUGGUUGGAUCGAGAAGAGAAGAUCUUAGAGCCUACCAAGGCACAGGCGAAGGGUGAGAAUCUACUCGAUGGCCAACCAGCGAACACCAUCUCUGCUCCAGCGAUGUCCCCAAGCUCUGAAGGGGAAGAGCUAGAUCGGGCGUUCGGCGGUCUCAAAAUGAACCAGCUAGUCCUCAAGCGUCUGCAAAUUCCCGGCCUCGACAUGCAGAUUGUAGGUCCGCCUUUGGUCCUGGAAACGUUGUCUAUCGUACUUUUAAAAGCUCAGGGCUACAGAUUGCGCCUCAACAUCUCCAUGGAGGCCACCGAGGACGGGAUCCUUUUCAACUCGACCGCUUCUAUAACAGAACCUCCACAGACAUACUUUUCCGCACCACGACCGGACUCAGGAUUGACAAUCAUCGACAACCCGUUCCGAACUCGGCAGUCGACAGUCCUCGUCAUCAUCGGAGUCGUGGCUCUGGGCAUCUGUACGAUGUAUCUAGCAGUCCGCUACGCACAGGUCCUGAGAUUCAAUAUGCACGAACACGUCAAGGCCCCAUUGACACUGGAGGCGCAAAAGCCAAACUGGUCGGGCAACGUUGACGAGGAUGAGGGAUACCUAGACGGCCAGACUCCUGUCACCCAGUCUUCCCAUCCACGCGAUGACAAUCACUCCUCUAUCCGACGGCGUCCACGAGCCAGGUUUCUGCAGCCCAAGAGGAUCGCAAUCGGAGGAGUUCGAGAAGGGAAGAUAGCGCAGCGGAGAGCUUCAAGGUCGAGGAGCGUUGGACGUGACGUACAAGCACCGGAGAGCAAGCUUGACAUGACGGAUUAG